UUAUUUAGAUUAAAAUUUUAUUGCUUAUAGUAUAUCAUUAUUUAUAGAAAUUAACAAUGUCAUUUACAUUUGGUGAAGCUAUUAUGCGUACUGCUUGUCCUCCACGUAGUUUCCGAGCCUCUAGACAUGAUCUAAGGUGUUAUGUAGUGCUUACAGUUGACGAUCUGCAGAAAUUGAAAAUGCCUGAGCACUUCAAGAAUUCGUUCCAAGUACAUGGUCGUGAAGACUUUACACUGGUGUGUAAAGACAGACAAUGGAUUGUUCAGUAUGUAGACGGUUGUAUCACUGGCCAUGGCUGGACUCAAUUUCUGCAAGCACAUCUUAUGAUUGCUGGUGAUAUUUUGGUGCUUAGUCCAGAUAUAUGUUUGCAUCUGCACAGCAUGGUAUUUGGCUGGAAUGACUGUGAGCGUAUCUGCAAUUGGUAUUGACGUGCGCGUGAAGCAGCUAGAAAGGAAUGGGUUAGUUCGUUUUGAGAAG